GGUUUAUAUGUGCGCUUCCAGAUUUACAGAACCAAAAACGACUCCUCAAAUCUGUUUCUGAUCGUCAGCCGUUGGUGGCAGCUUCAAUCGAAAGGGAAAAAAUGGGAGUCUUCACUUUCGUCUGCAGAAGCUCCGGCGAUGAAUGGAACGCAAAGCAGCUCAACGGUGAUCUUGAAGCUUCGUCUUCAUCUACCUAUGAGUUGCAGAGAAAGCUUGUUCAAGCAGCUCUCUCCAGUGAUUCGUCUGGAGGAGUUCAGUCUUCUUUCUCGGUUAUCACACCAUCUUCGGCCGUAUUUCAGGUCAUAAUUGGAGGAGGUGGUGGUGGUGGUUUCAUUGGAGGUGGAGCUGCUGCUGCCCCAGCAAGUUCGGGAGGUGGUGCAGCAGCUGCUGCUCCUCCUCCAGAGGAGGAGAAGAAAGAAGAGAAAGAGGAGAGUGACGAUGAUAUGGGAUUCUCACUUUUUGACUAGUAGCUUUUAGUUUGUUCAAGUUAAUUUCAUCGAACAAGGAAGAUUUAUGCUGUAGUGGUUGUUUUUGUUUUGUUGUUUUAAGGAUGCAAUUUUGUUUAAGUGCGUUCAGAAUUGUUGUCAUUAUGACAUCUAGGCAGUUCUAUUAUGAACUUGGCGAAUGAAAGUGUUUUUCGGUUC